AAAUUGCAUUAUGAGUACCGUGCGUCUUCGAUCUCAACCAUCAUCUGUACAUCUGACGGUGCUCCUCACCCUCGCGGUCCUCCGCUCCCACCCCCACCGCAUCAGGUAGGGAACCCGUUCCGUCGCCGCCCCCAUGGACGCUCACGCCGACGACAACGAGCCGCCCGUCCUCCUGGACCGCGCCGCCCGCGCCACCCGAGGCAAGAGGAUAACCAAGCUCGUCGAGGACGAGGUCGAGCAGGACGAGGUUUUCUGGAAUCAAGACGCCCUCAAGGAGGACGAAAACGAUGACAACUACGAGGAAGAGCAGGAUGCCGGCGAUGAAUUCGACAGUGAUUUUGGUGAAGAUGAAUCUGAACCUGAUGAUGAGCCAGAAAAGGAAGUACGUGAGAGAUUACCGAUAAAAAAACGGCUAAUGUUCCCUGGCAAGACUUUGAGAAAGACCAAACCCAAGAAGAAGAAGCUGAUCCCAAAACUAGAAGAUGACGCAAAAACUGACAAGUCUCCUGAUAAGCCAAAUCCAUCCAAACAAGCAGAUGUUCCUGAUGAACUGGAAACUGAGAAGACGAUCAGGAAAUCAACCAGAACAUCUGUGAUGGUGAGACAGGCUGAAAGAGAAGCGAUACGUGCUGAGAAAGAAGCAAUAGUGAAGCCAAUUAAGAAGAAAAAGGAGGGAGAAGAAAAGCGAAUGACGCAAGAAGAGAUGCUUUUGGAAGCAGCUGAAACAGAGAUCAUGAACUUGAGAAACCUAGAACGUGUACUGGCAAGAGAGGAGGAAGUGAAGAAAAAAGCUGUUGUCCAUAAGGACACUUACGACGGUCCUACAAUUCGAUUUUGCUCAAAAGAUGGGGAAUCACGUCUGGAAUUCAUAAAUGGGGCAUCAUUUGGUUCUGAACUUUGUACAACGUCAACUCCUUAUCCCAAGAAAUCUGUUUGUGUAGUGACAGGACUUCCUGCCAAAUACCGUGAUCCGAAGACAGGGUUGCCUUAUGCAACCAUGGAAGCAUUUAAAAUCAUCCGGGAGAGUUUCCUGAAAGAGGAGGCUGAUAAAAAGAGGCCGAACAUGUCGAAUAUGGGAGAGCUUUUUGAAUCUAUAACUGGUGAACAUUCCACGCCUAAGAAGAGAAGAGUUGAUGUAAGAUCGCCAAACAUAUCAGCAGGCAGAAGGUACGGAGGACGCUUCCGACGAAUACCUGCUCUUGAUUCGACAGACGAGGACUGACUGAGAUCUCCUGUGACUGGGUGAUCACAUAGGUAUCAUAUUUAGCAUUAGAUCCUGAUGCACUGCGCAGUCAGUCAAGGUCUUCCUAGCGAACUGUCGCCAACUGUGCCUUGUAGUAAUCUUGGUAUAUUUUUGUCAGCUCAUGAAUUUUUAGAACAAUGGGCUAUGAACUUGUUUAUUUGAGCUUUUUCUGUGGUGUGUAUUACUGCCUCGUCA